UUGGACUUAAAAUAUUUCUGAACAUCAGAGUUCCCUAUCAAGUAAAAGGAAGUUGGGAGGGGAAAUGCCACCUCUGUGAAAUAUCACCCGAAGAAAAACCGAGUGACUUGCCAUUAGUUUGAAGACGGCAAGAAAGGAACAUCUCAGAAGUGGAGCCUCAUCCUUCGAUUUUUAACACAAGAGGAAUUGUUCUUUGGCAAGUUGUGAAGAUAAAUCCUGUCUUUUAAUUUUAGGAAUCUAGGUACCAAGAUACUCCAGCCAGCGUUUCCUCGGUGUGUUUUGUAAACAUCACGGGCAAACCCUCUGUGUGGGGGCAACUGAAUUUGUCUUCUGCCCUGCCUGGUGUAAGCUGUGAGGUGCCAGUUCUCACGUGGCUUGAAGCUGUUUGCCUUUGUUUUCCGUCCUCACCAGCAGAAGCCAUGGGUCACACAAUGAAGUGGGGAACACUACGACCCAAGCGCCCAUACCUCUGGCUCUCUCAGCUCUUGGUGCUCGCUGGUCUUUUUCACUUCUGUUCAGGCAUCACCCCAAAGAGUGUGACCAAGAGAGUGAAAGAAGCAGUGGUGCUGUCCUGUGAUUACAACACAUCCACUGAAGAACUGACAAGCCUUCGGAUCUACUGGCAAAAGGACAGCGAGAUGGUGCUGGCUGUCCUGCUUGGAAAAGUGCAGGUGUGGCCCAGAUACGAGAACCGUACCAUCACUGACAUCACCAAUAACCCCUGCAUUGUGAUCCUGGCUCUGCGCCUGUCAGACAGUGGCACCUACACCUGUGUUAUUCAGAAGCCUGAGACAGGGACUUAUAAAGUGGAGCACCUGACUAAAGUGAGGUUAAUGAUCAGAGCUGACUUCCCUGUCCCUACUAUAAAUGAUCUUGGAAAUCCAUUUCCUAACAUCAGAAGGGUAAUUUGCUCAACCUCUGGAGGUUUUCCAAAGCCUCACCUCUCCUGGUUGGAAAAUGGAGAAGAAUUAAAUGCUACCAACACAACACUGUCCCAAGAUCCUGAAACUGAGCUCUUCACAAUUAGCAGUGAACUGGAUUUCAACAUGACAAGCAAUCACAGCUUCUUGUGUCUUAUCAAGUAUGGAGACUUAACAGUGUCACAGACCUUCCAAUGGAAAACACCCAAACCAACCCCUUCUGCUAAUCAGCACCUGCCCUGGACCAUUACUAUCACAGUCUCAGCAUGCGGGAUUGCUGUGAUCAUUGCAGUUACAGUAACAUGCCUGACCUGCAGAAAUGCUGCAAGAUGGAGACAGAGAAGGAGGAAUGAGGAUAACAUGGUAAUAGAAAGGUACCCUCUAUCUACAUAGAAUCUGUGGAAGGAUCAAGCUGACCAGAACACCUGGAGGUCCUACCUCCAUCUGAGAUUGGCCUCUUCUUGGUGCUUCCGCGAACAGCCAGGGUUAUCCCACCUCGACCUUCCUGUAUCUGUUCUCUAGGAGCCCCUUCACUCCAAUGGCUUUGCUGAAAGUGACUAGAGGAGUAUGAUGGGGACAGAAGUCGUUCUGGUGACCUUGCCCAAGGAUUUGGAAACAUGGAAUUCUUUAGGCCUGGAAGAGACAUUAGUGAAAACCACUUACUAAUGACAAGGAUCUCGAAGUCCUGCAUGGUGACCUGAAUUACAAAUCUGGGCCAGAACCCAGAUUUGGUGCUCUGGCUCUGGUGUUCUUUUCCUUCAUGAAUCGGGCUCUGUGCUACUGACUGGUUUGUGUGUAUACACACACAUGUAUCCAUCAAAGUGCUUCUGGAAACAGAAUUUAUUCAGUAUCAUCUAGGUCCAUCUCAAGAGACUUGGUGUAAUGAAGGAAUGGAGGAUGUCAUGCUGUCAAAAGCAAUCUAAUGUUAAUGUAUGGGAAGUCUGUUUUAAGUACACCUAGAAGACAAUGGAAAUAUUACUGGUAUUUAGCCAGGAUUUUAUUCUCACUGUGUUCUCCUUUUUGGCUUUCCCACUUCUCAACCAGGUUUAGGAGAAAGUAGAUCCAUCUAAAACUAAUUUCCUCUGACAUGUAGGAUAAAUGACUUAUACAGUAAGUCCCCUACAUAUGAACCCCCAAGUUGUGAACGUUUAACUAAAAAUAAAUUUUAAUUCCUUUAAAAGUCUUUGAAGUAACAAAAUAGGUAUUAUGCCAAUUUUUAAUUCAAAAGUGAACUUAUGAGCUGUUUCAUUUGUAGUUACUUUCUAGAAUAAGUUAUUGGUUAGAUCAUAAAUUUUAAACAAAAAAAAGUGUGUGUUUUGCACACUUACACAACUUUCUCUAAAUCUUUUCUUAGGGAAAUUUGCAUUUUUCUCCUUAACAGUUUAUUGAUAGCCUCAGUCUUAACCACAAAGACUGGCACUGUGUAUUACAUAUAUUGUUAUGCCCUUGUUCUCUAAUACAAUAUUUACUUUGUAUAUAAAAGUAAAUAUUGUAUUGUAUAUAAAAGCUUACCAACUUUUUCCCAAGCAAUUAUCAAAAAGCAUUCAUUUGGACUUUUCAUAGUAUUGAUUUUUUAGUUGCUCCUGUAAAAAAACAAUUCAGCAAAAUCUAUUCUUGUUUGACCUAUGACCUGGUAAAUAUGAUUUACUUCACAAAACAAAAAAUAGUCAUUCUGUUUGCACUUAUUAACAAGUGGCAAACUUUCAAAAUUGUGAACGUGCAUUCACAUGUCCAAUCAUGUAAGUCAGUUCACGUGUCUGGCUUACACUGUCUCAUGCAUUCUCUAUAAGUGACUGUGCUUUUGUGUACUUUACAGUACUAUAUAGAGUACAGUAGUACAGCAUCUUUAUUUCAAGCCCAGGAUGUCCAGAAGCAAGCGUAAAAGCAGCAGUAUACAGCCAAUUGUGUUAGCUGGGUCCCUAAGCUAACUUUGCUGGACUUACAAACGCGCUCUCAGGACUGAAUUCGUUCAUACGUAGGGGACUUACUGUAUACCCCAAAGAACUAGUAAGGUUGGAGAGUGGUAAUGUUUGGUUCACAUUGGACUGAUACUCUCCUUAAAUGGCUUUAUGCUCGUUUAAUCUCAUUUGUAAAAUCUUUAUGAGAAGGUUCUCAUUUAAAAUGAGAUCAUUUCAUUGUGUAUGUACUAAAGAAUAAGCUGUCUUUAGCAGAAAUUGAUUGAAGUAAUGAAAACAGCAUUCCAAAGGGCUUCCUCAGAUCCCUAAAGUGGCUUUUGCUCUGCAGUAUUUCUGGAUCCCCCUGACGUCAGGGAAGUGAAAAGAAAGAAGUGGCCAACUGCUGUUCUUACAUGACUUAACUCAAGACUCCUCUUUCUCUGAAAUUGCCUUCCAUGCUCACUGGACCAGGAGUGGACCUGGUCAGUUAGACAUUCUCAUUUGAAAAUGUGGAGUUGAACAGCAAGAGUUUGACCAAGUUUCUCAAAUGUGGCAGGAUUUAAAAUGUUUCAUUUCAGUAGCUACGAAGAUUAGAUUAUUCUAUACAGUCUGAGGAACAGGGGUACACUUUUAAAUGGUUUCUUACAGAACAAAAUUCAAAAGAAAAUAAAGGUAGUAGACUUACAAGAAUUAAAAUACAAUAACCAAAAAAAAAAAAAAAAAGCCCAGGAAUUGCUUCAUUGAGUUAAGAG